AUGAUAUCUGACCGUCAUCUGCUUCUCCUUACAGAUGCAAGCUACGCGGCGGCCGACUCCAAUAGUUCUAAGACGUCGUUUACGCCGUGUAAGGUAUGCGGCGACAAGGCUAGCGGAUACCAUUACGGCGUCACCUCCUGUGAAGGAUGCAAGGGCUUCUUUCGACGGAGCAUCCAGAAACAGAUUGAGUACAGGUGUCUCAGAGAUGGAAAGUGUCUCGUCAUGCGUCUCAAUCGCAACCGAUGCCAGUACUGCCGCUUCAAGAAGUGUCUCGCCGUCGGAAUGAGCAGAGACUCCGUGCGGUACGGUCGCGUGCCGAAACGAUCGAAGGAGAAGGAGGAGCAGGAGCGGCGCGUGUCAACGACGGGGGAGCCCGUGCAGACGGAGCUCGAGGCGAAACAGCUGGCCAUCUACGACAUCAUCCUGACGCUGUCGCAGGCGCACCACAGCAACUGCGCCUUCACGGAGGACCGCAUCAAAAACAUGACGCGCAAGUCGGCGCAGUUUAGCUUUAAGCUUGAGGGGGAGGCUGUGACGACGCAGGAGUCCAUCGAUCAGCAGAAGAUCUACAUGUGGCAGCAGCUGGCCUUCUUCAUCACGCCGUCCAUAUCACGAGCCGUCGAGUUCGCUAAACGCAUACCAGGCUUCGGCGACCUGGGACAGGACGACCAGCUGAUACUCAUCAAGUCAGCGUUCUUCGAGGUGUGGCUGGUGCGCAUCGCGCGCAUGUUCAGUCCCAUCGACAACACGCUGACGUUCGGCGACGGCGUCUACGUCACGCGCGAACAGCUCGAAAUGAUGAUCACGGUGAAUCGGCCCGGUGUGGUUGAUACCCACACUGUCGCGGCAUUACAAGACAAACUCAUAGAGGCCCUCAAACUACAAAUUCAACGCAAUCAUUCCAGUGAGCCGCAUCUGUUUCCCACUCUGCUCAUGAGGUUGCCCGAGCUUCGGACGCUGGGGAACAAGCAUGGCGACCAGUUGCAGUGGUUCCGACUCAACUGGCACCAGCUGCAGUUACCGCCGCUGUUUGCCGAAAUCUACGACAUACCAAAAUCGGAAGAUGUUAUACAGUAGAGUGCGCUAAAGCUGCCAUGCCAGUGCGUUUUAGCCAAUCGCAUCAGCAUCUGCGUAUGCACAUGUCACUAGUGGUGCCCUCUGGAUCUGCUGUGGCUCACAAUUUAAAUGUCAAGUAUGCAGCAAUUCUUGUCAUUGUGGCACAAGGUGGCAGCACUGCAGCAUUUAUACACAAGGAGGCAGCACUGCAGCAUUUACCCGCAGGGUGUCAGUACUGCAGCAUUUCUGCUAAAGCUCUUCAUUUAUUUGCGAAUGGUCCCAAGACGCAUCUUGUGGUGCCCCCCGUUCGAAGAAAGACAUCUUGUGGCGCCCCCUGUGCGAAGAAAGACAUCAUGUGGCGCCCCCUGUGAGCAAAGAUGGAGAUCUUUGUGCCAAGGUUGUCACAUACCAAGGUCAUUGUGUGUGUUGUAGGGGGUAUAUACACUGAUGGUGUGUUGCUCAACCUCAACCAACCGGCAGGAUGGAAUGAGAGCUGUGGUCGUGUACCUGUGCUUGUCAGCGCCGUCUGUGCGAGGGGAAACAGCGCCCCCUGUAGUCACAUGAAAGCACUAGUUUUGUUAUGCACUGUCACUAUGGAAACGUACCACUAGCAAAUCAAAAGAAGCCAAAUUUGUUGUUAUUUAUUUGCAUGUGCGCACGCAUAGCGCCUUGCAGUUGUUAGAGAAUGUAUUACCCUCCCUAAUACCUAGCCAGGUUACCUUUAGAGUGAGUAUGUAUGAAAUAUACACGUGCACACUUAUAUACGCGCGCGCGUGUGUGUGUGUGUAUGUGCAUGUGCAUGUGUGCAGUCUGCAUAUACAUGAAUAUAUGUAUCAGCAUAAAUCAUUGUUGUAGUUUUCGUAGGUUUGUAUAGCCGGUCCAUUAAUUAUUGCGUAAUACUGGACCAGGAACGUAGAUUGCUACGUCACUUCCCUCCCAUCUAUAUCGUAACAGUGGUCUGUCAAUCUCUCAGCCUAAGCCACAGUGUCGUAUCAUGUGAUGUCAUAUCACAUCUAGUACGUCGCAUGCAUCAUCAUGUCAUCAUGUUACAUACCAUCUAGUGUCAUGUCACGCAUCACGCCGUGUCGCAUACGUCAUUCUACGUUGCAUUUCAUCUAGUAUCGUAUCACGUCCAUGUCAUGUCUCGUCUAGUAUCGUGUCACGUCCAUCAUGUCAUGUUAUGUCCCAGCUUGUAUCAUGUCAAUUGCGCCAUGUUACAUCCCAUCUUGCUGCUAGCUGUUCACAUUAGCUCACUCAUCAGCAUGUCGUACCAUUUCACGUCAUGUCAUAUCAUGUUAUAUCUGCCUUAUUCUAUAAACACUAUCCUGUCACAUCCAAUUGCCUUAUGAUAUUUUAUGUCACUCCAUGGCGUGUUAUAUCCUUGCAUGGCAUGUUAUCUCAUCCAGUGGUGUGUUGGGUCAUCAAAUGGUUUGUUAUGUUCACGUCGUCAUGUUCCGUGUCCGGCUGGGCAUCACGGAAAACGUUGACUGUUUUCACAUUCGUAAAGUCACGUGAAUCAACUUUGUGUGUGUCGUGAAACUACUAACUGUGCGCUGUACCAUUAUCUGUCAUGAUACGUCAGCUAUCCUACGUCAGAGUUCAUUCAUGUCCGCCGUCACUUCUCUCCUCGCUGAUAUAAUAUGGGUAUCUUUUUACUAACAGUUUAGGAUCGACUGCCAGACAGGGCGCUGGCGUAGGGGAAAACGUAUUUCUUAAAUCAUGUAUUUUUGAAAUCUAUACUUUUAUUCAGACUCGAAUGAAAUGAAAUGCUAGAAGUUUCAGGGAAUUUUUUCGUAACACUAAUGGUGAACGUACCAAUAAUACACUCUGCUCUGGCCUUUUUGGAGACGGACCUUUUUUUACCUGUAGUUUUUAAUAACGGCACCUCUUCACUCGUGCGGAUGUUACUAGCAGCAGAUAUUUGCCAGCAGCUGACCCGCGUGCGCUAGCGCCACAGCAAACUAGUCAGGUGUGGCCGGAAGUUGUGAUUUUGUCACGGUAGGUGGCGCUAGCGAGGGUCAGCUGGAGGCAGGCUGCGUCACACGUGGUUCCCUCGCAGCAUCUAGUGACUGAGAGCAGGUGUGGAGAUGUUUGUAUGAUUUGAGCACGUGUCGAUCGCGUGACUCCCAACUCUUCCACUCUUACACUCUACCUCAUCUUUUGUACCGCGGUUGUUUUUGAUGGUAUAUUUUCCUUCUAUACAAUGAGAGCAAGUUGCUGUCAGGCCGAUAUGUAGAUAUACAUUCCUAUGUGACCAUGUGCAGUGGUCAAAUGCAACAUUUUAUCAACUUUUUACAACACCUUUGUUAAUAACGAACUAUAUUUAUAGAUAUAUUAAUGAGCAAACUGCACACCAAACGUUUGAAAAUGAACGUUACUCACAAUCAUUGCCAAUCAGGAUGAAAGAUUUCUAUUGUAGACCUCUCCCUCCCUCCCUUCCCUCUGGCCCUAUCACUGUGAAUUCUCCUCUAUCCCUGCCUCCUCUCUUCCAUCCCCCUCUCUCCUCUUCCAUCCCCUUCUUCCCUCUUCUAUCCCUCUUCCCCUUCUCUCUUCAACCCAUUCUUGACCCAAUAUCGCUCGCCCCAUCUUUCUAAUUCCUUAGCCUGCUCUGUUUCUCUCAAACAAAGAGGGAAGGGGGAGAGUGUGUGCCUAGAGGAGAGACCUCGGAAAUCAAGGAUGCAAAUAUGAAGAAAUUUAAUCAUUAAUUAGUUUUUAGCUUGUCUUCAAAGUAGCCUUUUUCUCGACCUGCUGCGUAUUUUCUCUGGCUUAUUUUAUACACUGACGAACACGUGAUGUGCACGUGACUAACACGUGAUUGACACGUGAUCAGCGUUUAAGAGGCACGUGAGGCUCACGACGUGCUGUACACACGAGGAGCACUUGAUACAUAGGUGAUGCGCACGUGAUCAACUCGUGAUGUGUGGAAUGGGGUGAGGCCACCGAUCUCUAUAUACUAACUUGGUAUAUAACGUUAGUAUAAUAGAGAUCAGUGGGUGAGGUAGCAUCAUGGUUGUAAUGUCAUUGCUCACGGAUACGUAGCAGUGAUGGUGACGUGCCGUAUGUUUCUCUCGGCAUGUAGGACAGCAUGCCUGCUGCCCUCACCCCCUCCGCGCUGUCAUACCCCCACCCAUCCUACCCUCCCCCCUCGGACGCGUUCCGCGGGGUCGGGUCAAGGUGACGGUUAACGUUGUCUUCUGUCUCGCUCAUGUGGGGUGUUCUGAAAUGACAGCCCCCGCGUGUGCGGCAUACCUUGGAGUAAUCAUUCUGACCGAAUGAUUACUGUAAGGGCAUACAUAGAGUACUGUCGUUCCAUCUCAUGAACAAUUGUGAGGCCCCAUCUAUCCCGUUGUUAUCUCGUUGUUUCGUCUGUGACACUGUUCUCACGCUCUACUAACGGGGCAGGUGGAUCAUUAUUCAAAAUAUUCGUCACGAACGUAAGAUAUUAUAUUAUCGGAUAGAUUUUGUUCUGGCCGUGUGUGUGUGUGUGUGACGUAGACAGUGACGUCAGUAUAGUAUCAAUGAAUCGUAGCGUGUCAGUUAUUAUUAUACGAUAUUUUGCUGCUAAGCUGAAAGACGGCAGUGUUAUAAAAAAGUUUAAACACAUGAAAUGUGUUUUUUAAAUAAUAUCAUGCAAAAAACGUUUGUGUUGCGUUGUGUGUAUGUAUUUGUGUAGCAUGCAGCAAAUGUGGACCGUGUGUCCGUGAGCGAUCACUCACUGUAACCCCGUAGUCAGUCGUCGUUUUACUCCGUUAUUUCUGUUGUUAAAUACCAGAAUAUGAUUGUGCGCAUUUCUUGUUAGCGUGGUCACACGCUGAGAGAUAGAAUAUGCUGUUAUUUUAAUGUCAUUUUAUAUGUGGUUUUAAAUUGAGUCACCUGAUCGUAUGUAUGAGAUCAUAUAAUGUUUAGCAAGAGCUGAAGUGCUUCUAUAUAUAUAGUUCUCCCAAACCUCUGUGCCAUGUACAUUACAGUGUAUAUAUAUAUAUAUAUAUAUAUAUAUAUAUAUAUAUAUAUAUAUAGACGUGCACUGUAAGGCAUAGGGGCAGAAGGCAGUGGAUAUGUAGUGUGCCUAGCCUGGGAUAGUUUUAAAACAUGUAAGGCAGGAACUGAUUCAUUUGAUUAGUAUUUUAUACUGUGAUUUAGUUGUUUCAAGUAUCGAUGUAGAAUAACUGGUGUUGCUAUUAGUUAUCACUACUGCUGCUUCUGCGUUGAUGCUGCAGGCAACUAGUGCUGCGACCUGUUGGGGGAAAAUAUGAUGUAAAAGUCUUUAUGAUUUCUGCUAUUUCCAUAAAGAGAGAGAGAGAGAGAGAGAGAGAGAGAGAGAGAGAGAAAGAAGCGAGAGAGGCACAUGAAUAAACAUCAUUCCCAGGUUAUGCACACUUGCUGUUUGCUGCAAGUUAACUACCACCUUGACCAGCUGCGAUUGAUGUAAGAGCUGUCUUAGUCGGUGAUGUUUACAUCGAGCCGAUGGCCACCUCCAGUGUUUGACAUUCUGUGUUAGAAAUGGCUCUGUAAUAAUGUCUGACAAUUUACCACCCAUUCUUUAGCAGUAAAUAUUUUAGUUUUUAGAUUUUUUGUUUCUAUUGUAUCUAUUCAUUUGUUAUGCAGUUUUACAGUACAGGGUUUAUUACAAUAAAUUGAGGUGUCAACAAA